ACGUGAUACUUCACAGAUGCCACGGAAACUGGGAUAAAAUUAAUUCUAGUCGUUUUUUGCUACAAUGUAAUAUUAAAAAAUUAUGAUAGCCUACGUUACCGAGGUGAUCGUGGAAGGUGAUAUGGAUGGGAGAAGGAAUCAACUUAGAAAUAGCCCAAAAAGCGAUUCUGUAAGCGAUCGUUCAAUGGAUUCUCAUGUGUCUCGUUCCAAGAGUCAAAAGACGCGACCUCUUCACCCCAAGGAGAGCAUUGAAAGUAGAUCAACUAUUUUGACUAAAAGGCAACUAUUCGAGGAAAGAAUGAGAAUAGCUAAACAGAAGAGAGAAGAGGAACUAGAACGAAAGAGGCUAGGAGUUAUAGCUGCUGAACAGAAAGCCGAAGAAUUUCGAAAGAAGCAAUUAGAGGAGAGAAAGAAAAAAAUAACUGAACAAAAGAUGAAAGAAUCAGCAAGGCAGCAGGCAGUUUUGAAUAGACGAAAGAAAAUGGAGGAAGAGAGUAAAAAAAAAAUCCUAAGCCAGAUGAAUAAAACUCUACAAAAAACGGUUCAGCCAAACGAUGCGAGAGAUCAUCAGAAAAAAUACGCAUUUGGAUCACGUGUCUCUGCCCAGUCUUCGUCAUUAAAUAGGACACCAGAGAACGCACGAAAAGAAAACAUUCCGCCUCAUAUUACCUCAUCGUCCCAUUCUCUACCUCCUUCCUCUAAUCAUCAUCAGCAUCAUCAUCAUCGUCAACCCCACCAGCAACAGCAACAUCAACAAUACAACCAUAAUAGCCAUAAUCAUCAUCAUACCCAUCAUGCUUCCCUUAAUCCUGCUACUUCCCCUCCUUCUUCACGUCUUUCUAAUAAUUCCCUACGUCCGCCUGCUCAUCCAUCCUCUGCUCCAUCUCGAGCAAAUUCUAAAAAAUCAAUUGUACAAAAAAAUUCAAGAGUGAACACUCCAAUCAAGAAUAUUGCAACAACGACUAAUAAUCUUUUAAUUAACGAAAAGCAAGAUAGAAACAAAACUAAGCAGGGAAAUCAGACUUUUACUGUUGGUGACACGAAGAAAAGAAGGACUGUUCAAUUCGCCGAAAACAAAGAGAAGCCCAGAGAGAAUAUUAAACGAAAAUUCUUGGAUGCCAAAGAUUCACCUAUUAGGACGUCACCACCGUCUCCAGACAGGAAGAAAAGGAUUAUUAGAGAAUUGCCUAAAGAUGAUAAGAGAACGGACGUGACCACUCUUGUAAAGCGUCCACCACCUCCUCCGAUAAAUUCCUCAUCAUCUUCACCCCUUCCUUCAAAAUUCUUGCAAUCAAAGAGAGAGGCAGUCAAAGGUAAACUUGAAAUGAAAGAUACUACCAACUUGAAAGAAGAGAAUAAAGAAGAGCCUAUGGAUGAGGGGAACUAUUUCGAUAAGGACGAGAAGGUAGGAGAAAAUGAGACGCAACAAGAAAAAGUAGAAAAAGAGGACAAGAAAGCAGAAAGUGAAAAACUUGCCGUAGCUUCGGCUAAAUCAGAAGUUCAGAAUCAGAUACAGGUGCAUAUGGUAAAGGACGAUAACAUGAGAGAAGAUAACAGAACGGAAGACAGAGACGAAACUGACAACCAAAUGGAAACAGAAGAUAAAGUAACGCCUGUUAUUAAAUCUGAAAGGUUAAGAAACGAAUUUGAGAAAAUUGACAGGAUUCGUAAAGCUAAUUACGAAUUACUACAAAAAUCUCGUAUGGAGGCUUUAAAGAGAGAGAGAGAAAGAAAAGAAAGACAGCAAAAGGAAGAAGAGGAAAGACUGGAAAGGAAAAAGAAAUUAGAAAGUAUAAUGAAAAGAGUUAAAGUUCAAUCUGCAACCGAAAACAAUUUCAAAAAGGAUAAUUACGACAUGAAAUCCUCACCGAAACUCGCCGAGACAUUUAAAUCUCCAUUGCUUCGUCAGCUUUUGGCUGAUAAAAAAAAUCGUACUGCUGGUAAUAGUCAAGUGACCAAACCGGCCGAUAUAGAAUCUAUAGACAUAUCAAGAAACGAACAAAUUGUUGUAAAUGAUAAGAAUGAACGGAAAAUUGCAUUUGAAGAGGAAAUCGUUCCAGAAAUGUAG